GAACUAGUUUCCGUUGUUGAACGAACAGAAGAAGCAAAACAUCAAGCUACUGCUGGCCGGCUGGGAUAGCUUCUGGAAUAAACGUGUUCGUCAGAAGCCCUCUUUCCGAAAACAGUUUAAUCUGAAGUCCCUUCGGACAAACUGGAGGCUGAGAUGUCCGGGAUCCCACCAGACACAUGGCGGCCCCCCACCGUCACCAUAGAGACCACAAUGGGCGCCAUAGUGCUGGAGCUGUAUUGGAAGCAUGCUCCGAAAACCUGCAAGAACUUCGCCGAGCUGGCCAAGAGGGGGUACUACAGCAACACCCGUUUCCACCGGAUCAUCAAGGACUUCAUGGUGCAGGGGGGAGAUCCCACCGGGACAGGUCGGGGGGGUGCCUCUAUCUUUGGGAAACAGUUUGAAGACGAGAUCCACUCGGAACUCAAGUUCUCAGGGGCGGGUAUUCUGGCGAUGGCGAAUGCAGGCCCCAACACAAACGGAAGCCAAUUCUUCCUCACACUCGGAGAGACUCAGUGGUUGGAUGGAAAACACACAAUCUUUGGCCGAGUGCGCCAAGGAAUGGGCGUGGUGAACCGCAUCGGAAUGGUGGAGACCAACACCCAGGACCGGCCCGCCGACGACAUCAAGAUCCUGAGGGCCUUCGUCACCGAUUGAAUGACCUCGUUUUCUACAUUUUAAAAAUACUGUAAUAAAUGUUUUUGUUUACGUGUGAGUGGAUCCAUGGCCAGGCAAAGGGGUGUAUUUCUGUGUGUGGUGGAGCCCUUGAGGCAGUUCCUAUAAUAACUUGACAAUUGUGAGGCUGAGAAGCGUCAGGGGCUGCUGCUUUAUAUGGUGCGUGUUUACAGAGGAGCCAAACAUGGUGUGACACUGAGUGUGCUGCUGUUAACCAAUCAACGGUCUGUACAUCUGUCAGAGGGUGAACUUUAUAAUUUUGAGGAUGACAGUGUUCCUGAUAAGGCCUCAUAUUAAAGACCUUUCAGCCAUGGUAUUAACAUGUGACUGCAUACGAAUGUGUCCACAGACAUGGUGACUAAUGUAUGAUAGUAAGCAUUAUUGGCCCUUAACACUAAUAUUCAGAAACACUGCCUCAAAAAGCUAUUGGCUUAAGCAACACCAGUAGAGGCAUAUACUUUUCCCUGAACUUUUAAACGUUGGAAACGUGCAAAAACAUAAUUAUAUAUUUAUGUGGUAUUCAGUCCAAUGCUUAAAAUAUAUCUGGCAUUCAGUAGGCCAAUGCUGUGGUAGUAAUAAUAAUAAUACAUUUAAUUUAGAGGCGCCUUUCAUGACACCCAAGGUCACCUUACAGAGCAUAUAGUCAUCAUUCAAAACUAUGUAAAACAGACUAGGAAUAAAAGGAAAACAGAGGUUAAACAUGAAAAAUGAUAAUAAUUAAUAACACUCAAAGACGCCUAAAGUGAAGGGGGGACCUCACUAACCACCAAUAUGUAGCACCCAGUUGGGUGAUGCACGGCAGCCAAUUGGCGCCAGAACGCUCACUACACACCAGCUUGAGGUGGAGAGUUAGGGAUGAGGUGGAGAGUGAGGGAAAAGAACAUUUAAACACUAUCUACCAUAUUUAAACACUGUCGAUCACAUUUAAGCAAUAUCGACCACAUGUAAACACUAUCGACCACAUUUAAACACUAUCGACCAUAUUUAAACACUAUGGACCACAUUUAAACACUAUGGACCACAUUUAAACAUGUAAACCCUAUCGACCACAUUUAAACACUAUCGACGGUAGUGUAUGGGGGAUGGCAGGUAUGGUAAAAGGGUGUAAAGUACUGUAUGACCAAGUGUUUCUUUCUGUUCAAUAUAACUUUAUCAGUCCCCUGUAGGAGACAUUUGUUAAUGUUUGUCCCCAUAAAACAAUAAUGGUAAAAAAAAUACAAAAAAAUACGGUAAGUAAGUCACACCGUCCAAUUAGAAGGCUCCAAUUACUACUCACUCCCCCUACUCACUGCCACCAAUGCAAAGCGAGCAGAACUGAGUAGGGGAGGGCGUAGCCUCGUUUCCACAUACGUAUGUUUUUCGUAUCCGUGCUUCCGUAAAUUUACGGAAGGGGUCGCUAGUGUUUUACGUAAGGACAUGAAUUUAUUUACGGACAGCCAAAAAGAUGGGGGAACGUAUGAUAAUGGCCGUUUUUAGGAGACCGGUACUUUGGAACAUGAGGAUCGACAUAUACAGAGAUAAAAAAAACAACCAGGCUUGGAAAGAGAUCGGCGAGGAGUUUGGCCUGCCCGGUACUUACAUGUUUUUUGAAAUAUAUUUAAUUAAAAAGCCAUCAAUUAGGACUAUACAAAUAAUACAAUCAAUAUACGAUCUUAAAAUCAGACUAUUUUAUAUAUAUCAAAAUGAUGAAGUAUAGAGGAAACGAAAAUAAAAAUACUCACAAUUUGUCUUUUUAUUCACUCAAACUGACAAUCAAAAGCAAGCGAGCUAGCAAAACUUUCAUACGGUAUCUCCGUAAAACGACGGCGAAAGUUAAAUUUUUUGAACGUAUAUUACGGACAUACCGGACAGAAAUGUUAUGGAGGGGAGGAGUCUCGGAGGAAUCACGUACUCACUGCACGAAGAUGUGACACGUUCGGCUCAGCUGCACUUGGAGGUUAUGGUAGGUGUAUGGAAGUAAAUCUGUGCCAUCGGGUUUUGAAAAUAAAAACACAUUGAAUUAUAAGCACUGGAUAUUUAUGCAUUGAAAUAACCUACCUGAAUUUUUUGCCUCUGAAUUUAACUCUUUACAUUUUCAAUAUAUCAUAUUCACCUUUAUUUUUCAAUGUCAAAAAAUUCAACGUUAAAAUAUUCAACUCAAAUAUUUUCAACUUGCCAAAAUUCAGUCCGCCAAAGUCACCAUCAAAAUUCAAUGUACGAAAUUCAGUGUUAACAUCCGGGGACCCAAGUAAGAGCAAUCGAUCCUAGAUGCUAGAUCGCGGUCAAACGAGUGGGCGCGUCAUUCUCGUUGGAUACCUGACUCUCACGCGGGAAGGCAAAACAGAUCUAGCCAUGUCCACCUGCAACAGCAGCAGUAAUGGUACGGAGCCCCCUAAGAGACAUGGAGGAAAAAAAAUAUUUUGGUUGAAAAAAAUAAAAUAAAAAUCAGAGAGAAAAAUAAUAAUUUGGUUUGCGAGAAAUCGCAAACCAACUUCCGGGUCAGAAUUUAUCUUCCGUGUCAGAGGAAAAACUGACGACCGCAACGAUGAAGCAUGGGAGAUCAUCGUUUAUUUUGAGCUUGGCCGCAAAUAUUCGGACAUCAAAUCAAUGCUUGCCAGUAGGCACGCCUUCCACAUAAGUGAGAGACAUCUGAAGAGGAUACUGCGAGAUAGGGGACACUCGCCGCAAGGCGUACUCUGACCUGUCGGUCCUGGUGGAUUUUAUUAGCGACCAACUGCAGUACUCUGGACAGCUUCACGGGUACCGAUGGAUGUACGCUAAAUGCAGGGAGCAUGGACUGCGUGUGAGGAAAGAGGAUGUGCGGUUGUUAUUGAAAGAGCUCGAUCCCAGAGGAGUGUCACGAAGGCUAGCGAGACGUCUCAGACGACGAAACUACUAGUGUAGAUAGAUAUUAGAUAGUGUACAUAAUAUACAACUAGUAUUACUUUUCAUACCCUGACAUGUUUUUAUUGUUAAUGUUCCUGCAGUCUUCUUCUAAAUAUCACAUGAUGUUGCUGUGGUGUCAAGACAGCUGAUUUUAUACAGGUUUCAGGUCAUCCUACUUGAACCGGCAGGACGACCGCACCCCCUGCUGUAUACAAUCAGCUGUGUUGACACUGCAGCAACAUCAUGUGACAUUAAGAAGAAGACUUCAGGAACUUGUCAUGGUAUGAAAAGUAAUACUAGUCUGAUUACAAGAAAUAAUUAGUAAAUUGUUCUUGAACAAGUACAAUUAUUAAUUCAUUACGUUUUUCAUCUAGCUAAUGUGGCCAGUGAAAAAUAUGGCCUGAAAAUAUCAGGAAACGGCACCAAACUUGUUUGGCAAUUUUUUGUUUCCACAUACGGGAUAGCAAUAUAGUUACAGUAAUAAAAAAAUUCCAGUCUCAAUAAAAACAUGAAUAGCGUGUGUUGUCGUUUUUUAACCCCACUCUCAGUAUUUGAAACUACAGGUUGUAAAUGCACAGAUAAUUUCAAAAUGCUUUUCUGUCGUUAACAUGUCAAUAUUUGUACUGAUUGGCCAUCAGAAGUUCAGAGUUCGAUAGAUACAUCCAUUUUUUUGGUCCCAUCAUUUGAAAUCCAAUGAUAUUCUAUCAUGAAAGACUCAGAAUAAGUAUUCACAUUUAGUUACUGCCAGUUACCUUUUUUUUAUAAAUACAAUUCUAACUGAAAUAAGUGAUACAUUUGUUAAAGUAAAGUUCUGAAAUUGAUACACAUUUGAUUUACUUUUUACAGGCUUUGUCUAUAAAGCCCCCCCCAUUUCUGUGUUUCUAAACCAUCGUUUAAAGGAAAAUAACAUUUGCCAAAAGCUAGAGAUGUUGAGUUAUGACUUUAAAGGAAACUUAUAAAGGAAAAGGACAGCAAGGUGAAUUACUUAUGUGACCAAAAAAUCCUGCCACUUCGAAGCUCAACACAAGACACAACUAAAUACGUCUGACCUACACACAUGCCCUGAUGGCCUCUCUGAGGAUGCAUGUACAAAUUCACUGCCUGAUAUGGAUCUGUUGCUAGAGUGAGAUUGGAAUCAGCCAUAAAGAUGUUGCAUAGUUCAUAUAGAUCUGGAUAACACGGUUUGGUCUGGCGAAAGAUACAUUCAUUUUUGCACAGUUGAAAAUCACCAUCUUCAAUUGGGGAAAGGAAGUCUCUUGUCCCAUAGAGUUCAGGUAAUGCAAACAUCACGUUCGGCCAACCGCUGGGGACGUUAAGGUUUUUCGAUGGCCUGAUGGUGUCUGUGUUCCAGACCUUGCAGUGUCAUCCAACUCAUCCUGUUAAAAGCAAGAAUAUAAAAACAGUAAAUACAUUAAGGAAGAACUAUAAAUGCAUAUCCAGGGCUGUUUGCUUAUUUUUUUUUAAGUGGUAGCACUGGUGCCAGCAAGCACAAAAACUCGGUAGCAUAAAAAUAAAUUUUGUAGCACACAGUGUGAUCGAAAACUUGCGUAACCUUAACCCUUGCAUUUCACUCUAAUUACCUUUGGCAUGUCAUCUUGGUCUCAUUUGAGAUUCACAAUCAAUAUUAUAUACUUGUGUGCAGUAAUAAUUGUAGAAAAAAUGAAUAGGGCUGCACUUAUUUAGACAAGAGCCUAACCUGCCAAUAGCAACUUUUGCUGAUUCAGAAUUGUUUUCCCCCCAUAGAACAAUAAUAUUAACAUCUAUAUCUGU